AUGGAACACCAAGUUGAACAUCAAACUUCAUGCAGGUCAAGGUCCGAUUUUACCCACCCCGGAGAACAAUCAAAUGCAUAUGAGACGGUCACUCUUCUCGAUGAUUCACUCCAAGGUAGCAAUUUGGAUGAGCAGCCUUUCCAGUCUUUAAUCCAACCAAAUGCCACCAAUGAACAUCAUGACAAUUAUCAACACGCGGCAGACAUGACGACAGAACGGACAGCUCCCUUGACUACAGAUCCUCCAAGCACCCCCCUCACCUCUCACGACCGGUCAUCAUCCUUCAUCAAUAGACGCGCGUCACCAACGCUGGGAUAUGAUUUCGUCAUUGAAGACCCAACAAAUCCCCUUGGUUAUCGGGAAAAGCGAUUUCGCUCUCGAACAGAAUUGGAUAAGCAAAAGGAAGACAUUCGACACCUGAAAGAAUACGGUGGCGCAUGUCUUGCCUGCCACCGAAGUAAGAAAAAAUGCGGACCCUCGACUCCCUGUCCACCUUGCCUUGCACACGAUCGCAAGUGCGUUCGUAAAGGCCAAACAGACUCGCAACCAAAUUCUUCCGACCCUGUUCCGUCACCAAACCCGCACCAAGACGAACUUCUCGAGAUUUUGCAACCUUGUCCAUGGGAGCUCACAGACUCUAUUGACGGGACUUAUUGUGAUCCUGGCUUUAUUCAGAAUUCUAGCCGACAGGGAAGGACGGACAGGUAA